AAUCUCACCUUUGUCUCAAAUUCCAAAUGUCAUUUUCAUACGUCACUUUUGACACAUGUCAGAUAACAAAUGUCAAAGAGUCACCAUCAUCAUGGCGACAAAGCGCCGACCCCUGCACCAAAAAUUGAAUUUCCGCCCUAACACGAGCGACAACAACCUGGAGUACCGCGGCACGAAACCAACAUGUGAGCCGACCUCCAUCAAAGAGACCAUGAUGCUCAUGGUGCUCUACCUGUGCAAGAAAUCGCUCUUCUUCGACACUAACCUCAAAGUGGCGAUCUACCUCGGGACCCUUUUCCUGCUCUCUUUGUUCGCGGACUUCGCCAGCGUGCCCAAGAUGUACCUAUCCCGCUCCGACAACAUCUUCAACAAGUUCUUCGUGAAGUUCGCCUGGGGCUGGAACCUCCUCCUGCUCGUCCCGUUCGUGGUCUUCACCACGUACAUCUACUGCUGUGGCCAGAAACAGCGGAUAAUCAAGCACCACUUACUCAGAAUCUGCAUCGCGACGUUCUUCUGGUGGUUCUGGACGACUUUGUUCAACGUGGUGGAGGCGUCGUUUGGACGGUGCAACCACAGGCAGUUCGGCACCAAGGGGUCCUGUUUACAAGCCGGACACGUCUGGAACGGCUUCGACGUCUCGGGACACACGUUCAUCCUCAUCUACGGGAGUCUCCUACUUAUUGAGGAGACCCGCUGCAUGGAGAACUGGGACAGCAUCAAGGAGCACCUGCGUCUGGAAAACCACCACCGAGUGUCCAGAGACCCCUCCCAGAAUCUUAACCCUUUGCGAAAUUUAUCAGACCCAGAAAUGCACGACUUGCAACUAAACUACAAGAAAUACACCCCGUAUAUACGGGGGCUGUUCAUUACCAUCACUCUCUUCCAAAUAAUGUGGGACGUGAUGCUGGUGUGCACGAUGCUGUACUACCACAUCAUGAUUGAAAAGUUUCUGGGGGGCGCUUUGGCCAUCUUGACGUGGUUUUUCACGUACAGGAUGUGGUAUGUGCACCCGAAGCUCUUCCCGAAGUUGCCGGGGCAGGGGGUUUUCAAGUAUAUUAAGAAGAAGGGGGAGCCGCAGGCGGUUCCCAGGAGGAGAACUGGGAGUGUGGUGAACGGGCGGGGGCCGUUGUUCAUGGGGCGGCCGAUUUACCCGCAGCAGGAGGCGGCGCAGGAAGAGUCGUCGGCGCAAUAACGUUGUAGUUAGGUUUGCUGUUGAUUUUAUUAAUGAAGUACAAUUUUAAUGGUGACUGAUUCGAAUGGGUUUUUUUUGUACAAAUUCACUGGAUUGUUUUUGUGUAUGACAAGUAGGGCCGGCGGUAGCUGCCGGUUGGGGUUCAACAAUCUGUGAUCCUGGUAGCGUUAUCAAUUUUAUAUCUGCAAAUAAUUCUAAAUGUUAAAAAUGUACACGAAUACUUUUUACGGGGGUAUACAUAUAUGUAAAUACGUAAUUUAUUGCUUAAGAUGUUUUUGUGUUGUGGUGGUUCUGUGUUAGUGAUUUGUAUUUAUUUUUAUUUUUAUUGCCUACUGCGGUAGGGGUGGUAUUUAAAAUACUAAUUUUUUGGGUUGUUAUACUUUAUUUUUUGUUAUUAAAUUAUUUUCAAGGAAA